AUGAAGAAUCCGAUAAAGAGAACGGAUGAAUAUCGGGGAAGGAAGAACACCCAUCAAGCAACGAUGCCUCUAGUGAACCUCCACUUUAUCGUGCUACUAGGCUUCUGCACCCAGAUGGCUCUAGGCGACUGCCCUCGCCUAUGCGACUGCAAGUGGAAAAACGGGAAGGAAUCCGUAAUCUGUCUCAACGCCAAUUUGUUUGUUAUACCGUUGCAUCUGGACUCUGGUAUACAAGUUUUGGAUUUAACCGGUAACAAUUUGUCUGUUAUUAAACACGAAGAGUUUAGCAAGGCGGGUUUGAUCAAUCUACAGAAAAUCUACAUCGCCAAAUGUAGAUUAAAAACUAUAGAACGAUAUGCUUUCAAGGACCUGAUAAACUUGGUUGAGUUGGAUUUGAGUUACAACGCUCUAACCCAAGUCCCAUCACACACCUUUGACAGUAUACCGGAGUUAAGAGACCUAAAAUUGAACGGCAAUCCCAUACAAAAAAUACAAAACAACGCCUUCAUCAACAUACCCCAGCUAAAUAGGCUCGAGCUAACAGACUGCAGGAUAUCUCAGGUUGAGCCUAAAGGUUUCUGCGGCGUAGAAAGAUCCCUAGAGUACCUAAAGUUAGACAAAAACCGACUGAACACCGUAACUCCUUUAGCUAUAACUAUUUUAAACAACCUCCAUGGUAUUGAGUUGGCGUCAAAUCCGUGGAACUGCUCAUGUCAGCUAAGGCCUUUAAGAGAGUGGAUGUUGCGGCAGAAUGUACCGUUCGGUAUUCCGCCGUCUUGCCUAACACCUAAAAGACUUUACCAAAAAACCUGGGACAAAUUGGAGCUGGACGAGUAUGCUUGUGUGCCCGAAAUAGUGGCGUUGAAGGAUAAAACUCAGGGUGUUGAGGGGAAGAAUAUUACGAUGCAAUGUCGGAUAGCCGGGGUGCCCGAACCGAACGUGCGGUGGUUGUUGCGGAAUAAAGUUAUAGCUAACCUGUCAGGUUCUCAUGCUGUGGGGAAUAAGAAACUUUACGUGGUGCACCUGGAGACAAACUUAAGUGACUUGACUAUAUUCAGUGCGGAGCUCACGGACGCUGGUACAUACACUUGUGCUGCGGAAAAUAAAGCCGGUAAAGCGGAAGCGAGUGUGACCUUGGCGAUGUCGAAAAAACCCGUGGAAAAAUCGAGCGGCAACUUCAUGUUGGCCAGUGUUGUAACCGGGGUGGUGUUCGCGAUACUCUCCAGUGUUGUAGCCGGUAUGGUGGUGUUGUUCCGCAAAAAACAUCAGUUGUUGUGGCGAACUAGAGAUAACUGUCGCGACGAUAACUACGAGAAGAUCGAGAUGAAAGUGACUCCGGGUGCGAACGGCGAUGUUCCUUUGCUUGUUGCCAACAAGAAAAACGGCGAGUACAGGGUCGUGCCUUGCGGCGAAACCGAUCAAGAGCAAGAGGAAGACGACGAACCAGUGAUUGUGGACCGUAAAGCCAAGCUUUGGAACCCCGUCGAGGAAAAACGUUGGGCAUCGCCUGAGCACCUGUUGGAUCCUGAGGAUCUACACAUACCCAGGAGAACCUUGCAAGAGUCUAGAGACAAGAAAAUUGUAGUUUCAACAUCUGGUACAUAUAACCCUUAUCUUCCAUCGACCUCUACGUCAAAUGCACCAAACCUUAACCUGCUUCCAUUGGACACUAAGAAUCCACGAAAACUUCCAACUAUUAGUAAUAACUUACCGACAGUUUACGCCACCACAAACAAUGGUGAGUUGAGUUGUUUGAACGAAGAUAAAUCGUAUCCUGAUGUUAUAGGGAAUUCUUCCACUGUCGGGAAAGCUAACAGUGAAGGGGGGAGUGUUACGGACAUAACGCAGUUGUUUUGCACUUUGCCGAGGAAAAAAGCUUUGGUUAACAGUGCAAGGUAUAAGAGUACUGAUAGUCAAUCUCCCCUCUUGGCGGAAAGUAGAUAUAAUAGUAGCGGUGGUGAAAGCAGCUGCGGUAGUCAGGAAAAUAAUUAUAGGAAACUUCCGGAUAUACCUCGGAUGUCGAAUUUAAACUACAACAGGGUAAACAAAAUAUCGAACAGUUAUCUGAACCUCACUCGCGAGGAUAACUCCACGCCCCUACUGGACGUGAGUGGUUUGGAGAAGAGGAUCAUGUUCAAACGGGAUCACACCUCCAACAACAAACUGACCCCCAACGCGAACUCCUACGAUCACCACGCCGCACAACUGGAGAAGUUCCUCGAAGAGUACCGCCAGCUGCACAAAGAGCUGACCAAGAUGAAGCAAACCUGCGAUAACCUGCGCGUGGAGAAGACGGCGGAAAAAAAUCUGCCCGCAGGUUCGAAUGACAACGGCAAGGGGGAGGGGGUGAGCGCGCUGUCUCCCAACUCGAAUCAGUUGGAGGGUUCUGUGGACUUCAGGAAUUUCGAGAACGAGCUGACAAAAUAUUUGAUGUCGAAGAGCACCUCCAAACACAGUUUUGCUUCAGGAUUGUUCAACAAUACUUAA